AGUCAUCUGAGUUGGUCUGAGGUUGGGCGUGCUAGUCAACGGGUGGGACUAUAAUGGCGUCCGCAAAGAGCACAUCCACAAGCGCUGGACCAUCUGCCCCCGGGGAGGGACGACCUCUACAGCAAUCUACUCCUCAGUAUAUGCACGCAAUCGGAGCACAAUGGUUUUUGGACUUCGUUAUUCAGGGGGACCUUUUUGGGCCAGCUGUUUUCAUGCGACCCACUUGCGUUCCAGACGCGGAGGGAGCGGACAACAUUCUUCCUCUCGGUACCAUCGUCGCGUGCGCCAAGACUCCUGGAGGUUUGCUCAAGCUGCACACUAACGGCUUGUACGACGAGUGCAGACUGCCUCUCAGAGGUGUUAAAGGUGUGCUGGUGACCAUCAAGAGUUUCGCGGGGUACGGCUGGAACAUGACGUUGUGCUCUCAUUUCAAAGGUCUUUACGAUGGCGGCAGCAAGCGUCUUCUAUCGCCAGAGCAAUAUCUGGAUCUCGCGCUGAUGGUGCCGAAAGAACGUUCGGUUCUUCCACGAGAACAUGUUUUUCGGCUUCUGCCACCCCAUGAGGGGUCGUCCGGCUUGGCUCAAGAAACUCCAGGUGCGGCAGUGGGGCGCGGGAGUCCGAUUCAAGACGCUGGGGGUCGGGUCAAGGGGCGCGCGCGCAGCGUUCACACGCAGGUCGGCCCGGAUGCUCCAGGGAACACGUCGGACUUGCAUUCUCAGGGUACAGGGACUCAACGGGUCAGUACUCCGAAACUCAUCAAGGUCCGCUGCGGCGGCGACACGUAUUCACUUCGAGAUGAGACGAGAAGAGAAUCUGGCAGAUCGGGGCAAGAUAUCGGAGGGAAUGAGGCUGAAGGGAUGGGCGCUGUCCGCGAAAGCUCGGGCGGGGAGCAAACUCCUUCGGAGAAGAAGCGCGAGCGGCAGAGGAUGGUGCAAGAGGAGGUGGCGGAAGGAACCCUCCGCAUGAAGAGGAUGAGAGGAAAAUCGGAGGUGGUGAUGGGCGGGGAUGGAGGUGACGUCGGAGAACGUGCCUUGGGAAAGAGGCCGCCGAAGGAAGAGGGUGGGACGGCAAGUAAGAAAGCGAGGAGGCCCGACGGUUCGACCAUCCGCGAAGGACAAGCUGUGGGUGGAGGAGAUUCGCCUGAUCCAGGCGCUGCGGCCGCGAGAGAACCUUCGGGGAAAUCGAAACAGAAAGUGGCAGCUGAAGAAGGCGAUGGCCAGAAGAAACCUCGAAGGCAGAAGACUGCUGAGGCGGUGAGCGGGGGCGAACGGCUUGUCGGUGAGGAGUGCGACGAAGCGGCAGCGUUCUGGCUCGAAUACGAGCGGAACGAUGGCAGUGAAAUCGUGGAGAAGGAGCUCCCCGUCCAACUGCUCAUCGACCCCAGGAAGGUCUGCGACGUCCCGUCUUGGGAAAGAUAUUACAACCACCGCAGUCUAAAUCGCGAAACUGUAGACGACAUCAAGGCUGCGAUGCUGAGUCAAUUCCACGACAAAAAGGGGAAGAUCUGGACGAAAAACCCUUUGGUUCUGGCACCCAUCUACAAGCCGGUGACGCGUAGGCCAGAGAAAGUUGACAUGGUUCACAAAGAUGUCUUCAAGCCAGAGGACAAGGACAAGUACUACUAUUACCCUGUUAACGGUCAACACACCGUGGCUGCUGUGAAGGAGUUGGAGGGUGAGCCAAUAUUCGAUUUGUGGAAUAUGCACUCGUGGCCGGCAAGAGUAGUGUGGUUCUCCGAUCGAGAUUUCGCGGGCUAUAGGCAGGUCAGUCUCAACGAGAACACGAGACACAAGAUGUCUAAGCAGCGAUCGCAGAAGGCCGCGUUCUUGGACAUGCGGGAGGCAUGGGAGAAAGAAGGAAGGCCGAUGGCCAUUCAAGGGAACCCUUCCGACAAGGAGACCGAAAAACGAAAGUUUUUUGAAUUCCAAAAGCUGAUUUUGGGAAAGAGUCCGAACGAAUCUCACUGGGUGUUGGCAGAAAAAGAUUUGUCGCUCGCCGACAAGGAGUAUGUCGUUGCCGUUGGUGAUGCAUUGAGGCAGUGGAUGCCGCUCGUGACGGCCGGUGAUGACGUUUUCCGCAAAGCCAUGGAGUUCUACGCGAAAUGGGCGGAGGGGAAGUUGUUGGGCGGCGACGGCAAGACGCCAUUGUUGAGGCCGGGCGAAUACAUGCCAGACAAAUCUCCGGGUCUGCAAGCAAUUACGGAAAUGGGCUCGAAAGGGGCGGCUGGUGAAACGAAGAUGGGGUGGCUGGUCCGGGUCCCGCCGCCUCCGACCAAAAAGAAAACGCAAGCGGACGACAAGUUUUUUGUGGUCGUGAAGGAGCCAGACAUGUUCUGUUGGCAGUGUCUCGCCGACAUGACCAAUGUCGAGAAACUGUCGAUCCUUGACGACAUUCUCGCGCUAAGGGGAGUGUUCGUGCAAUCCGCAGGCGGCCAUCUGAAGCGUCAGCAUAAACCUGGAAUUAAAGACAUGGUCGCGACGAGGAAAGUGGACCGUGUGAUGCUCCGUAUGUUCCACUACAUCUUGUUCCUUGAAACAGAGGAGGACGAACGUGUUUGGCGCCAGGGGAGCCCUUUUUUUCGGACCGAGGGGAAGCUUCUGGAGGAGUUCGGGCCGCAGGGCCUCACGAAACAAGUGUGGGUCGAAAUGCGAAAGCAUUUCCAGGGUGUGGUGGAGUACGUGAACACUUGCAAACAUACUCUUCCGCACGAGAAGGAGUCCAUCGACGACGCGAAGAGAUUGUACGAUGGUAACAGGUUCCUUAAAUCUUUUGAAAAGUCUGUUCGUUCCAUCUUGCGACGGACGGAAGAAGAAGUUCGAGACACGAUCAGGGUCAGCGGGGAUGUGAGGCACAUCAAAUGGCCCGACCAUAAUCGGGUGACCUGCCUUAUUCCUUUCACUUUCCCGCGUUCCCAAGCUCAUAGUCAUGUCACUGCGAUCCGUGAGGUUGUGCGACAUUACGUGUGCAACCUGUACGUCCUCAAUUUGUGUGAUCCCACACUCCUCACAGACUGGCGAGAAGACGAUUUCACGAACUUGCAAGGCGUUCUCCAAACACUUUCGCCAACGCACUGGGCACUUGUGGUCUUUUUCCCCUCUCGUUGGGAGCUCAGUUUCUUGAAAGGCAUGGUCAGGCUUAGCGUCCAUCACAUCAGGACAAGGAAGUGGGUGCGCAAUGCACAAAAGCAGGUCACUGUCCGGGAAGACAAUAUGGUGGUCGAGGAGUGUGACCGCCUUCGACGGAGAAACCUGGUGUUCGGUAUGCUCAAUGGGUACCACGAUGCACCCAGGGAGUAUGUCUCGCAUUUCCUGAGAAGGCUGGAGCACGUUUACUUCACGCUGGCCAAACCGCUCACCUUCCUAAAAAACUACAAGUCACAGUUUGACGAGGAGGACCCUUUUGACGCUGAAGACAUGGAGGAGCUGAGCGACUCGGAAACCUUCGAUUUCGAGUCCAUGCCACUUCCUCGGGUGGUUGGACAGGUAGGUGAUGAAGAGGAAGGUGGCCCUUGGAGAUAUAGCACGUCCCCUGCCAGUUUGAAGCGUGUGUUUCGGGGCGAACCAGUCGACGACCAAUCGUCUGAUGACGGGGAGGAAGACAGAGACUAUGAUCACGAACCUUGUGACAGGCUCCCUGAGGACCACGACACCUGGCAGAAUGACAGACUCUACUUCUUCAGCAAGCAUCACUGGUUCACGGCGGAGGAUGUCUGGGGACACAACGUCGUCUGCCACCCGAAGAUAUUCCAACCUGCUGUGAGGAAUGGAAUGUGGGUCAUGGCAAUGAAGGAGGCCGAUGGCAAGUGGAGUGGACUGAAGAGACUGGGUGCCGGUGCAUUUAAGAGAACGGCGAGAACUGCUCUGGUGGAGCAUUUGAGUCUCAUGAACCCCGAGAGGACCGACCCAGGCGUCGCUGCGUAUGCAGAACAAAAGCUAAAUGAGUUGUACGCCAACAACAUGUUGGAGUUUCGAGUGCCUUUCUACACACUCAAAACGCCACCGUCUCGUGGCAUUGACCGGCGCAUGCCGCAACCUCCGUCGAGCGGUCAGCAUCCAGGAGGGGGUGGAGGAGGAGACGAAGGAGACGGCGGAGGAGGUGGAGGAGACGACUCACAAUUUGCCGGAAAGGGGACGGGCAAGACAUCAUCGGUAGAGAAGGCGUCCGGGGGAACGGGGUCAGGCGGAAAGGACUCGGGCGGAAAGGGGUCGGGCGGGAAGGGGUCGGGCGAAAAGCGUAGAACGUCCGCGAGUCCCCAGUAUAUGGAAACUGACCCUCACUGCGUAGGGAGUCGAGAUUCCGACAUGCGAGACAAGGCCACCCUGAGGUCUGAUCAAGAGCGAGUAGAUUCGCACUUGUCUGCGAGGACUUCGUUUCCCGUUGCCGAGGAGAGUCCAUCCCGCCGUGCGCAGAGCGAAGGUGCGACCUUCGGUUCCCUCGGCUCGGGCGACCGCUACAAACUCCGACUACAUUCGGAUUUGCUGACGUCGCCCUCCGCCAUAAGUGCUCCUCACGCAAUAGUUCUGCGGGGCCAAGAAAAUGUCACGUCCUGCCCCCCACAUCUUCAGGUGGACACAGGGUUGCCCUGCUCGCCUCCGUUCUCAUGUGUUGAGACUCGAGACUGGCGGUCUCGCGACGUGCUGGAGGGGCCCGCUGCAGGAGUGUUGGAGACCAAGGGUAGCGAGCACGAACGUCACACUCCUGGGGAAGAGGAGCGCUCUCCGGGAACGCGUGCUGUACAUCGGGAAGAGGAGACUCAACGCUGGCAGUCUCGCAAAGUGUUGGAGACCGAGGGUAGCGAGUGUGAACGUCAUGCUUCGGAGGGUGCGUCCGUGGACACUGACAGCGAGAGUGCAGGAGCUCCGGGGGAAACGCAUGCUCUACAACGGGGAGAGGAGACUCGACACAGGCCGGCUCGUGAAGACGUGAAGUGGUUCCACACACGAGCGCUGGUGAUCGGGACGUCCGAAGAGGUUCUGCACAGUCGUUCGACUGUGGCCAUGACGCGAGAGGGUGUCGUUAAGGGAGGUCAGUGGACGUUCGUGCAAGCUCCCGUUCUGGGCGACGAUGAAGAUGAAGAAGAACCCGCCGUGGAAGCUCGGGUUCAUGGCGAUGAGAAAGGCGGAGAACCCGUGGUGGAAGGCGGUGAGGUGACUGUCGACAUCCGGACGGAUCCACAGCGGAAAGAUGGUGAUUGUUCGCCCACCCCCACCGAGCUGGUUAGCGACUCAGGCGUGGCCGAGAUGCAGAACGUCGAAUCCUCCGUGGAAGGCGGUGAGGUGGCCGUCGGCAUCAAGAUGUUUCCAGAGCGGAAAGAUCAUGAUUCUCCGUCCACCCGUUGCUGUGCCGAACAGGGUGAUCGAGCAUCUGUCCUCAGUACCGGUCGGGAAAUGGUGCUUCAUGAAGCCAUCGACUUGCCAAGCGACUCAGCUGCCACCGAGCUGGUUAGCGACACAGCCGUAGCCGAGGUCCAGAACCUCGAAUCGUCCGUGGACGUUGGCGCAGUGGCGCGACAAGAGGGCGAGUUCCCUCAAAGGUAAGAUUUAUGAAUAAGAGCACUCGCAUAUCUGUCACUAGC